AUGGAGCAGGCCCAGGCGUCUCACGGGCAGUUUUUCGCUCAGAUUCGCCAGUAUUUUGCAGGGCUGUACCAGUGUCUGCAGAACUUCUGGAACACCAAGGUGAAGGCCCUCUUCGUGAAGAAGGAGAAGGAGGAACCCGUCCCCGCAGCGGAGAGUAUUUUUCACAAAGAAAAGAUGGUGCUGCUGGGCCAGGUGCUGAGGAACAAAUCCCUGGCGGUGGAGAAAAGGGCCCAGGCCGCCUACCGCAUCGGGCUGUUGGCCUUCACAGGGGGCCCGACGUCGGGGACCUUCGCGGCCGAACACAUGAGGGACGUGGCCUUCCUGCUGCAGAAUCACCAGCUGGCCCCGAAGACCAGGAUCCUGCUGCUGCAGAGCGUGGCGUGCUGGUGCUACCUGGACCCCGCCAGCCAGCGCCAGGCCCAGCUUCUGAGGUUCAUCCCCAUCCUCGCUGCGUUUUUCGAUGACCCGGUGGAGUCGGCCUCCAAGAGCGAGACCAACAGCCACCUCCUGGUGAAGUUCUGGACGUGCUACGUCCUCUCUGUCAUGACAUGCAACAACUCGGACUUCAUGGAGGAGCUGAAGGAGCACGCGGCCCUGCGGAGGCACCUGCAGCUGCUGGCCGGCGAGAACUGGGGCGGGUGGCCGGAGAACUUCGCGCAGGUGCUGUAUUUCCUGGUCGGCUUCCACAGGGGCUGACCUCCCCGCGCCCGGCGCCCAGGGUG